AUGGCUUCAUCAAACCAUUGUUCAUUUUGCAGAAAAAAUCCAGGCAUUUGUAUUUGUUCUGGGUGUCGAGCAUAUUUUUGUGAUGAUCACUUUAAAGAUCAUCGUGGAAUGUUAGCUAAUGAAUUAGAUGGACUUACCACCGAAAGAGAUGUUAUUCAAGAAAAAAUCAGCAAGGCUAUUUCUCAUCGGCAGUCCGCCGGUUCACUUCUUUCACGGAUCGAUGAAUGGCAACGAACUACUAUCGAGAAAGUAAAAGAAGCCGCCGCACAGGCUCGAGAACAGGCCUUUCAAAUUAUGAAUUUAAAACGAGAAGAAAUUACGAAACAAUUUGAAAUUAUAUCGCAAGAGUUGAAAGAACUAAGUGAUACUAAAUGUGUUCUUGAACAAGAUUUAACACGGCUUAAACAGGAUAUUGAUCAACUGAAUCAAGAUCUAGAACAACUUUCUCAACCACCACCGGCCAAACUAAAUGUAAAACAAAGUGAACAAAUUGUAUGGCAUCAAAUGAUCUAUGUUGAACAACAAUCCACAGAUGCUGAUCAACAACGCAGUCAAUCAGGACAGCAAAUGCAACAUUUGGAACUUGCUGGCAUGGAUGCUGACUUAAACUUUCGCAUAGCUUUAAUAAAAAUUCAACAUUCACUUACGAAUGAAGACCGUCAACAACUGAAUUUUAUAUUCGGUGAUGAUAUCCCACGUGUUUUACGUGAAAACGGUUCACUUGAAAAUUCAAUCAAUGCAUUACAGGCAACUUUCGAUAGGUUGAAAAUAUCGAGAACUAAUUAUGAAUACCUUGUUCAAGCAUUGCAAGCUAUUCAACGUCAUGAUUGUGCACAACGCUUAAUUGAUUAUGCUAGGUUUAACCAAGAAAUUAUACCACCUUUAUUAAAUUGGCAACACCAACAAAAUCAAGCUGAAACAACAAUCGGAUCGCGAAUAAGUAAAUCGCAAGUAGUUGCUUCAGAAAUACUUGCGGAUCUUGAUGAUGAAGAUGAUGAUGAAUGA